AUGAACAAAUCUUCAGGGUUGGUGUCGUUUGAGGAUGUGGCUGUGAACUCCACCUGGGAAGAGGGGCAGGACCUGGAUGCCGCCCAAAGGACUUUUUACAGGGAUGUGAAGCUGGAGACCUACAGCAGCCUGGUGUUCUUGGGGCACUACAUUACCAAACCUCAGACGGCAAAUGGCUACAUCUUAUUUUUUCAUAUUACAUCUACAAGAGGGGACAAGUACCUUUAUGAACCAGUAUAUCCCAAAGGAAGUCCACAAAUGAAAGGGACACCCCACUUUAAGGAAGAACAGUGUGCUCCAGCAUUAAAUUUAGAGAUGAAGAAAAUAUUGGAUUUGCAGGCACCCAUCAUGAGUUUGCAGUCUGUGCUGGAGGAUCUCCUGGUUGCUACUUCUGAUGGACUUCUUCAUCUUAUUCACUGGGAAGGAAUGACAAAUGGAAGGAAAGCCAUUAAUCUUUGCACAGUACCCUUUUCAGUAGAUCUGCAGUCAUCUAGAGGUUCAUUCCUGGGCUUUUCUGAUGUGCACAUUAGAGACAUGGAAUACUGUGCCACACUUGAUGGGUUUGCUGUUGUGUUUAAUGAUGGUAAAGUUGGAUUUAUUACACCUGUGUCAAGUAGAUUUACUGCAGAGCAGCUUCAUGGAGUUUGGCCACAAGAUGUUCUUGACGGAACAUGUGUAGCAGUAAAUAACAAAUAUCGACUAAUGGCAUUUGGUUGUGCGAGGUAA